CGCGGCUCAGGACUGUGUAAAGACACUGCAGCAAGAUGGAGGCGUCCGGACCUGGUGACUCUCAUGAUGCUAAGAGUGGAAAGGGCCCGUUGGCUCAGCGCAUCGACCCAACUCGGGAGAAGCUGACUCCCGCGCAGCUGCAAUUCAUGCAUCAGGUGCAACUCGCCCAGUGGCAGAAGACGCUGCCACAGCGGCGGACCCGGAACAUCGUGACAGGCCUGGGUAUCGGGGCCCUGGUGCUUGCUAUUUAUGGUUAUACCUUCUACUCGGUGUCCCAAGAGGGUUUCCUAGAUGAGCUAGAGGACGAGGCCAAAGCUGCCCGAGCCCGAGCCCUGGCAAGAGCAUCAGGCCCCUGAUCCAGAUGGGCACUGCGCAUCCCCAGCCAGUUGGAGCCCCUUCACGAGACAGAUGAUGCUCCAUGAUCCUGUAGAAAAUGACGACUACUCACAGCACUGCUGGCCUUACUAACCUUGUACCAUAAUUGAGCCCAAGAAGCAAGGACUAAUGCAUUUGGCCAUCAUGAAAGACACAUUGCCCACCCCAUGCUCACUGUGUGCAGUGACCAAGCCCUUCUUGUAGUUUGUUCCCUUGUUGGACGAGUGAGCAAUCCUGACUUAAGAGCUCUGACUUGUUUACCCCCUUUACACCUCAGGGGCGUGACUGUUAUGGGAGUGGGAGGUGGCAGCUCUAGCAGUGCUGGACCCUGAAGUGGGAAUGAUGGGGUCAAGUUGAGAGUAAUAAACUGAGUCAUCUCUCCUGGA